CUGAUCCUUUCACACCUCUACUUUCACAAUGCAAGCGCAUUACCAGUACUAAAGUUUAUCUUUAAGUUUAAGGACACUCUAUGGGUUACUUGUUAAAGAAUUAGAAGAACUAAACAGUUUACAUUUGCCCAUAGAUAUAUACCAAACACCUGGGCCUGCGUCUACCACGUGCAUGUGCAUUGGGUUGCUAACAUAGAGUUACAUGUACAUACGCAGGAACUGAGUGCGCGCACAUGAAUAAACGCACUUAGCACCCAAGUCGAGUUGGGUGCCGCGCGUCGAGGGUAGACCCGUUAAGUUCUUCUAACUCCUUAACCAGUAACCCAUAGAGUAUCGGAUAAAGUUCUUUGGGGUUUAUUUUAUGUAUUCUAGCUGUUCAAGAUCUAGUGCUUCAUGCUGAAGAAACAUGGCUGUUUUGGAUCCACUGACAGAGUUGGAGAGUGCAGCUGAGCCUGAUGAUGCUCUUCCAAACACACAGAUGACAGGUCUCCAGACAGAGCUUGAGAGUGAAGCUGAUGAGGAUCUACAUUGUGAGACAGGUCCCUGGACUCCUGGUAUCUUUAUCACUGAACUUGAGAGUGAUGCAGAUGAGGAUGCUUGCCAUAUUCCAAGGAAAAGGGGAAAAAAGAGAAGACAUGUGACAUUUCAACUGGAAUCAUCAUGCAGUGAUCAAGAGCAGAAAAAAAGAGUUAGAACUGGUCAUCAGACAUUUAUAACUGUCCUUGCAGGAAGAUGUUGUUCAACAGAUUGUCUGGCAAGAGUCACACGAGCAGAUGCAGCUGCAGCUCGGAUCGCUUUUAAGGAAAAGUCGCUGGGUGAUCAGAGGACAUGGCUGAUGGAGUACUUCAGAACCCACUCUUCUCGGUCUGAAAAUGAAAGUCUCCAAUUCUCCUACAACAUCGGUUUGGAGCAGGUGUGUGCCACAGCCUGGCAUCAAGUCGUUGGAAUUGUGAGGUCAAGAUUCUACUACUGGCAGAAGCAGUUCAGAGAUGGACUGCUAUACCCAUUGCCUGCUAACUGCUUGAGGAAAGGACACAAGAUUAACAAAACCCUAAACGCGAAGACAGAACUUAAUGCAUUUGCUCGUUCCUAUGGAGACCGAAUGCCUGACAGAGAGUCUGUAAACCUUCCACAUGGGUUCACAAAGCGAGAGGUGUAUAGAAGAAUACGACAAGAUAAUGCUGAGGUUUGUUCUGAGACUCACUUCAAAAGGAUUUGGAGAAAGGAAGAGCAGCACAUCACAAUCCCCAAGGUGAACCGCUUCUCUAAGUGCGAUGUGUGCACAGAGCUGAAAAUGAAGCUUGGCAAGACAAACGACAAAGAUGUUCGAAGACAAUUGAUUGCACAACAUCAAAAACAUGUAGAGAAACAAAGCAGUGAGAGACAAAAAUAUUACAAACACAUCCGCAAAGCGAAGUCACAGCCAGAGAAAUACAUGAGUGUAAUCAUCGAUGGGAUGGAUCAGCACUGCACAUCAAUACCGCAACUCCAUCCAACACCUAAAGCUCUGAGCUACAAUGAUCAACUGCACACUCACAUCACCGGUGCACUUGUUCAUGGAAGAGGUCAACACGCCUACAUCGAUUUUAACGAGUACCCACAUGACAGCAACCUAACCAUUAAUAUCCUGCUCAACAUCCUGGUCCGUUAUGCCGACUCUCUUCCACCAGUCCUCUACCUACAGCUGGACAACACUUCUAGGGAGAAUAAGAAUCGACAUCUCUUUUCUUUUCUGUCCCUGCUCCUUGAACUCAAUAUCUUCAAGAAGAUCAAAGUUGGCUUCUUGAUGGUCGGUCACACACAUGAGGACAUCGACCAGUUCUUUUCAAGGAUUGCAACUCACUUGAAGAAAAGGAGCACCCCAUCUUUUCCAAAACUUCUGCAAGCUAUUCCCGCCGCUUUCCACAAAGCUCACUGCCCUACAACAGCGGAGCGCAUCUUACACCUCUUUGAUGUUCGCAAAUGGCUUCUUCCCCAUCAACACAGCAUGUGCUAUCACAGUAAACCACACAUAUUCAAAUUCGCACUGCACCAAGGAAAAGCCACCCUACAAACAAAAGACUGGUCAACUACACCACAUUGGAGAGACACCACUGGCAUCAACCACAUCCUGUCAUCACAUCCAGACGGACAACCAACAUUGGUAGAGAAGUCAUUUGCGGACAUCAAUAUCAUACAUCUACCAGACAAGCUCCAGCCAUACUUGGAAGAAGUAGACAUUGAGGCAUGGAGGUCCCUCUAUGAGCUACUCACCUUGGAAGAGGAGGAGAAUGAAGAAGAUUCAACAGUGAGAUGGCCUAUAUGCGAUCUACUGAUAAUGGCCAAACAACCAACUGACAGACCACAGCUUGAGGAGCAUGCUUGCAACACAGAGGAUGAAACAUUCAGACAGGUUCACAUAGGACCCAAAGUAAAGGAACAGAGGACAGAAGUUAGGGAGAGAGACAUGGUGGCAACAUAUCUCCCAGAGUACUCGACACACUGGCCUCAAGUUGGCUGCAUUCGCAGUGUACAUGAAGACAAGUCCCUACAGAUCGAGUGGUACACAGGAACCUUGACUUCUAAGUGGAAGGAGGUAAAGGUACCAGUCAAAGGACAAAAGGGCAGGAAACAGCUUUGGGUUGAGACUAUUGAUUCUAGUUCUGUGAUUCUCCCUCCUUUCUCACUGACUGCUGGAGAAAAACUUCCUCUUCAAACAGUGAAUGGUUUGAGAGAGAAGCACAGUAGCUAUUUUCAGUAGCUUUGUAGAUCCUA